AUUGGUCUUUGGGGGGAGACACUGGGGGCAACUGGGGGCCACUAGGACGGCCACUUGGGGAGACUUGGGCGGUGGUAGGCGGGUGCCUUGCACUGGUCUUUCCCCAAUCGGGGUCGUGCACGGGCCCGACCAGCACCAUGCAGUAAACAAGCGAGCUGCACCCCUUCCCUCUGGCCUGUCGCUGGCCUGUCGCUGGCCUGUCUUCUGGGCGUCCACCGAGCCGUGGCGGUGAACAAAAUCACAUCCACCCGCAAACAAAAAUCAACAACCUCCUCCCCUACCUGACCAUACCUUACCUCGCCCAAUCCUCCACAACAACCCUUUCGCCUUGAAGCUUCGCCUAGCUCUCGAGCACUCUCUUCGUCUUCUUCAUCGUACAUCGUCGGCCAAGUUAGCUUCAGAGCUUCCCAUCAUUCAAAAUGCGUGAGAUUGUUCACCUUCAGACCGGCCAGUGCGGUAACCAGAUUGGUGCUGCCUUCUGGCAAAACAUCUCUGGCGAGCACGGCCUCGACAGCAAUGGCGUGUACAACGGCACUUCCGAGCUCCAGCUCGAGCGCAUGAGCGUCUACUUCAACGAAGCCUCCGGCAACAAGUACGUUCCCCGCGCCGUCCUCGUCGACUUGGAGCCCGGUACCAUGGACGCCGUCCGUGCCGGUCCCUUUGGCCAGCUUUUCCGCCCCGACAACUUCGUCUUUGGCCAGUCCGGUGCCGGCAACAACUGGGCCAAGGGUCACUACACUGAGGGAGCUGAGCUCGUCGACCAGGUUCUCGAUGUCGUCCGUCGCGAGGCUGAGGGCUGCGACUGCCUCCAGGGCUUCCAGAUCACCCACUCCCUGGGUGGUGGUACCGGUGCCGGUAUGGGUACCCUCCUGAUCUCCAAGAUCCGUGAGGAGUUCCCCGACCGCAUGAUGGCCACCUUCUCCGUCGUUCCCUCUCCCAAGGUUUCCGACACCGUUGUCGAGCCCUACAACGCCACCCUCUCCGUCCACCAGCUGGUCGAGAACUCCGACGAGACCUUCUGCAUUGACAACGAGGCUCUCUACGACAUCUGCAUGCGUACCCUCAAGCUCUCCAACCCCUCCUACGGCGACUUGAACCACCUCGUCUCCGCCGUCAUGUCCGGUGUCACCACCUGCCUGCGUUUCCCCGGUCAGCUGAACUCUGACCUGCGCAAGCUCGCCGUCAACAUGGUUCCUUUCCCCCGUCUCCACUUCUUCAUGGUCGGCUUCGCUCCCCUGACCAGCCGUGGCGCCCACUCCUUCCGCGCUGUCAGCGUUCCCGAGCUCACCCAGCAGAUGUUCGACCCCAAGAACAUGAUGGCUGCCUCUGACUUCCGCAACGGUCGUUACCUGACCUGCUCUGCCAUCUUCCGUGGUAAGGUUGCCAUGAAGGAUGUUGAGGACCAGAUGCGCAACGUUCAGAACAAGAACUCGUCCUACUUCGUCGAGUGGAUUCCCAACAACGUCCAGACCGCCCUUUGCUCCAUCCCUCCCCGCGGCCUCAAGAUGUCUUCCACCUUUGUCGGUAACUCUACCGCCAUCCAGGAGCUCUUCAAGCGUGUCGGUGAGCAGUUCACUGCCAUGUUCCGUCGCAAGGCUUUCUUGCAUUGGUACACUGGCGAGGGUAUGGACGAGAUGGAGUUCACUGAGGCUGAGUCCAACAUGAACGAUCUUGUCUCCGAGUACCAGCAGUACCAGGAUGCUGGUGUUGACGAGGAGGAGGAGGAGUACGAGGAGGAGGUCCCUCUUGAGGAGGAGGUUUAAGCGCAGUUCAAUCGCACUGUCACUAUGACCUGACACUACGCCAUCCCACCUGUGGUGGCAUUUCGCUUCGCGAUUCUGGCUCCUUGCUGGAAAUGGGCUUCUAGAUAUACCUCUCUUAGUAGUUCGCCUGACGUAUCAAAUGAGUACGAAGAAUCAGAGAUUACUCUGUACAAAUUACUGGCACAAACAACAUAAUUCUUCAAGUCGCGUUCCUUGUGCAACAAAAAAAGAAUCGCCCAGUCUGAAAGCCACGAGAAGCAAUGAGCUUGAGCUACCUAAGCACACGUUCCAGCCG